AUGGGCCAGAGACACAACCGACGCCGCACAAGGCCUCGGUCCCGCAACAGAUCUCUCACCGAUGACUUGCAUCACCUGUCUGGCGACGAAUCAUCCCCCGCAACAUCCCCUUCUCUCGCUUCGGUCUACCCUGUACCGCUAUCCGUCGUCAUCGAACCCGCCGCCCAUCCCUGGCAUAUAGGAUUCGAUGAAUGGCGGGGCGGUAUGGGAUCCGACCCUACUGGGAUUGACGCUGAGCAAUAUCGCCUUUUCGGUGGCGUCCCUGGCGAUGACCCAAGCCUGUGCAAUAAUAUGCUGGAAUAUUUCGAUCACCUUGAUUACAUCGACACGUGA